AUGGAGGAACCGCCGGCGUCUUCGCGCGGGCGCUGGCUGGCGCGACGCCGCGCGUCCCGGCUGGGCAGCGGGGACAGCCGGGGCGAGGCCAGUCCGCCGCUGUCCGCGCUGGCGGCGCUGCUGCUCAGUUCCCAGCCGCGCGCGAGCAUGACGGACGCCGCCAUCAUCUCCCGCGGGACGUCCCUGGGCGACGACGACGAGCGCGCGGGGGAGCAGGAGCAGGAGCAGGCGUCGCCCAACGUGUACAAGUUCGACGUGGCGCAGUACAAGGACGGCUCCUUCCGCUUCGUGCCGGCCUGCGCGCGCGACCUCAUCAAGUACACGGGCCGCCUGCUGCACCACGGCGCGCAGGCGGCGCGCAAGACCAAGAUCAACACGGUGCAGUUCGACUGGCCGGCCGUGGCCUUCCAGAUCCGCGUGCGCGGCACCAGCAGCGUCGCGAUCCGACUCAAGGGCGACGGUGCGUGCGUCUGA